CACAAAAGGGGAGUCGUUUUGCGUUGCAAGAGAGAGAGCUCAACGGCUCAACCCCGCCCACUCCCGCUUCCUCUCCUCGCCAGCAGAGCCAUCCCCUUCGCCGACCACCGCCGGACCUCCUACAUCCUCCUCCGGAAGCUCCGGUUCACCUCCCUCUUCUCAUCAGGUUUGCCUCCCUCUCCUCAUCUCCGUAGCCUCGCGACAGUGGCGCUGCGCUCGCUUUCGCUGUCCGAUAAUCAGGCAUUUAGUCGCCCUCUCGUCGACACCUAGCCCCCUUAGCUUUUCUCCCGGGUGAUUGGCUUGGCUGCCGAUGGUUGCCUGAGCGAUCGAAGGUUUCGGCUUCUGGGGACUGUCGGGGACGAGUGGUGAUUUUGAUGUGGAAAGGGGCGUGUUUGGUCGAGCGUUGAUGGAAGGUGAGAAUACGUGUGAUGAUGUUUCUCCCGGUGGUCGUGGUUUGGUAGAGUCAGGCCACUCGGAAUCGAGGUCCGCGAGUUCCAGGAUGGAGAGGAAGGGGCGGAAGAGGAAGUCCUUGCCCUCGGGUGAGGUAGAGGUUGGUGGGUUCGAUGAGGAUGAGCGGCCGAUUGGUUCCCUGUUCAAUUUCAAAAAGAGUAGGGUUGCAAAAAAGGGUAAGCCCCCUUCAGGUGGAGCUAGGGCCGAAAACCCUAGGUGUGAUGAACAGGUACAUUUGGGUGAGAUGGAUGAUACAUUGGCUAGCUUUAGGAAGAGGAUGAAGGUUCCAAAGAAGGGUAAAGUUGCUGGUGGCCUUGUAUCUGAAGGUGUCAAGGAUUCCCUUCCACUGGAUGGGGCGAAUUUGGACAAGAUGGAGGAUACAGUCAGUUGCCAUGGGCAGACAAGAACUUCAGGAAAUCCUGGACGUAGAAAAUCAAGACAUGCUUUAACUGAUAAAGAUGAGACAAAAAAGGUACCCCCGAAGCAUGACAGCAAUUAUUCAGAUGUGGGAUUGGGAGAUUCACUGUCUUCCUUUGUCAAGAGUGUUCAACCAGCCAAGAGGGUGAAGGGAACAACAACAACCUCAUGCACUGAUGAUGGGAUUAAGUUCAAAACCAACAUGGUUUCUGCUGAUGUUCUUCUGAGUUCUCCUUCUGUGAAACAUGGUUUAUCCUUAACUUCAGAUGGUACCCAAGAAAAAGUUAUUAAGAGGGGUCAUUUAUCCUUAAUUUCAGAUGGAUCCCAAGAAAAAGCUAGUAAGAGAAGGGGUCGUUUAUCCUUAAUUUCAGAUGGAUCCCAAGAAAAAGCUAGUAAGAGAAGGAGUCGUUUAUCCUUAACUUCAGAUGGAUCCCAAGAAAAAGUUAUAAAGAGAAAGAGCUGUCGAAAGUCUGAAUGUAGAACUCUUCCAGACUUGAAGAUCAAAAACUUGUCCAAGGAGCUUUUGUGUGGGAACUCUGGUUCUGGAAUGUUGGUUAAAGAACAGUCUUUUUCCUCGAGGAAAAGUAUGUCUGGCUCAUCUUUGCUUGAUGAAGAUAUGGUGCCUACUCCACUGGCAUCUAAUGUGCCUGACUCAGGUAGAGCUUUCAAACAAUCACUUUGCUGCUUGACUCGGGAAGCAUCUUUUGUUUCAGUCCCGGCAAUUGAGGGAGGUGCACAUUUUGAUAAUCAUGGUGGUUCUGAUGGACAGGAACUAUCUUUAGAUGACUCAGCACCUUCUCUAAGUCAGGCCCAAACUCCUUACCAAUCCUCCAAUGAGAAGCUACCUGACCCGGAAAAUGACAAGAUAACCUCACAGGAGGGUAAUGCUACCUCCCCUGUGUGCCUAUCAAAUUCUUUCAAUGUUUUAUCUGAGAUUUGCAACGGGGCGAGGAUUGUACAAUGCCAGACCACAAUUGAGUUUCCUUCAAACAAUAACUUGUCUGAAAAAGUCGAAGAACCCAGCAUUUUCCCUGGUGAAGCUAUUCCUGUAGGUCCUGAAGAAAUUUGUUCUCUUGGAAAGCCAAAGAAGGAUCUUGUGAAGCCCUUACAGAGUGAUAUGUAUUUCCACCGUUGCACUGGUAAAUUAUCCAGGGAUGAAACACCGACACCAAAUUCUGGCAAUGGAAGAUCCUUCUUUCAUGGUUAUAAAACAUCUUCUGUGGCAAACUCUGGAGCUAAUGUUGAACUUUUGUGUCCUCAAAUUUCACUGAGAAGUCAACAUCAAGAGCCCCAAUUAAGGUUGCAAGAAACUCCGAUCUUACAUGAUGCCUCCAAAGAACCAUCUUCCAUCAUUAAUAAAGUUCCCCUAACCAUUGAGGAUCCUGAAGCAGUGAAUUUUGAUGCUAAACUCAAUCAGAGAGAAACCCAUCAAAAUGAACUACCAGUAAUAUCCAACAGAAGAACUCUAGACAACCAAUCUACAAUUUCCCAUACAAAAAUGCAUAGGCAUGGUGACAUGGCAUGUGAGGGUGAUGUUGAUUGGGACAUCGUAAUGCAUGAACAAGGUUUUUUCACAAAUAUUCCCGCAGCUGAUGAAAAUCAAUCUUUUAGACCAAAAGCUAAGUCAUCUUUUUCAGUGGAUGAUGCUACUAAUUUUGAUUUGGUAGUGGUAGCUGCUGGCCUAAAGCCUCACGCUGUUAAUCAUAUUGAGAAGAUUAAAUUCAGGGAUGUCCUUAAGCGUAGAGGUGGUCUUCAAGAAUAUUUGGAUUGCAGGAAUUUCAUUUUAGGAUGUUGGAGUAAAGAUGUCAAGCACAUACUCCCUCUUACGAGCUGUGGCAUAAGUUAUAUUCCUUCAAAGGAUGAACUGCCACGUCAAACCCUCAUUCGUGAAAUCUACAUGUUUCUUGACCGUAAUGGUUACAUUAAUGCAGGAAUUGCUUCAGAGCAAGGCGAAGUGAAGCUUGGUAGUCUAUCUUAUCAUGGAGUUACACAGGGGCUGCAAGAAGAGGGAGAUUAUAUGGUGACAGAUGGCUUGGACAAAGUUGCUAACAACUCGUAUCAGGUUAAACUUCCAGAGAAUACUACGGCGAUGCCAAAUAACAAUCUCACUGAAGUUCAGAAAAACAUGACCUUGGUCACAGGAAAUAAUGAAGGUAAGAGUUUCCUGCCACCUUGUGGCAGAUUGGAACAUUCUCUAAAUGUUCAAGUGAACAGGCAGACUAAGAUAGAGCAAGAUGCAGUGCCAGCAGUUAUUACAUGUGAUACAGAAUGCUUCACGACUUCUAUGGGAGGGAACAUAGGGUGCUCAGAGUCAGAAUGCAACUUAAGGAAAGUGAUUGACAAAUAUACUUCACAUGAUGAAGGGACUAGGCAUGGUGAUGCUCGUAAAGAACACAAUGCAGAAACUUGUAAUGCUCCAAUAGCUUGUCAACAAAUUGACACCAUUGAUUGUGGAUCAAUAAUUGAUGUUUCCUCAAAGCACGAACUGGCUUUCUCUGAUAUAGAUAGCAUAGAAAAAAUUAAGAAUGGACAUACUAAUAUUCAUUUGACAUCUAUACAUUCUUCAGAUGCAGAUGCUCGUGCUAAAUCCAAUCUAAAUAUUGGGAAUAGGAUAAUUAUUGUUGGAGCAGGGCCUUCUGGCAUAACUGCAGCACGCCAUUUGCAUCGGCAGGGCUUUUGUGUGACAGUGCUUGAGGCUCGAGAUAGAAUUGGCGGUCGUGUAUACACAGAUUGCUCGUCACUUUCAGUUCCUGUUGAUCUUGGUGCCAGCAUCAUCACUGGUGUAGAGGCUGAUGUCGCUACUGAAAGAAGGCCAGAUCCAUCAUCUUUAAUUUGUAGUCAGUUGGGUCUUGAGUUGACUGUUUUAAACAGUGAUUGCCCACUCUAUGAUAUAGUCACGGGGGAUAAAGUCCCAAGUGAUUUAGAUGAAGCAUUGGAAACUGAAUAUAAUAGUCUUCUUGAUGACAUGGAACUUCUUGUGGCACAACAUCAUGAGAGUGCAAUGAACAUGUCUCUUGAAGAUGGACUGGAAUAUGCCAUUAUGUACCGGCGCAUAUCCAAGACAAUAUCUGAUGUAGUCACAGAGUUUGAUAAACCAAAUUUAGUUAGUAAUCCUACAAAGGUAGCUGCCCUUGUGAAUUCUUCAUCUUCUAGAUCAACAGAUUGUGUUGACAAUGAACUUAAAAUGAAUAUUUUGAGCCCCUUGGAGCGCAGAGUGAUGAAUUGGCACUUUGCACAUUUGGAAUAUGGUUGUGCUGCACCACUCACGGAUGUAUCUCUGCCUCACUGGAAUCAAGAUGAUGUGUACGGAGGAUUUGGUGGCCCUCACUGUAUGAUUAAAGGAGGAUACAACACAGUUGUAGAAAGUCUAUGCAUGGGACUUGAUAUUCAACUGAACCAAAAUGUUUCAGAGAUAAUCUAUGACACUAAUGAAACAGAUAGGGGCCUUCAAGAUGAAAAAAAGGUUAAAGUAAUUACCUCAAGUGGAAAGGAAUUUGUAGGGGAUGCAGCCUUGAUCACUGUGCCACUUGGUUGCCUAAAGGCAGAGACUAUAAAAUUUUCUCCUGCCUUACCAGAUUGGAAGCAAGCUUCUAUACAGAGGCUUGGCUUUGGUGUGCUGAAUAAAGUCAUCUUGGAGUUCUCUACAGUUUUUUGGGAUGAUAAUGUUGAUUACUUUGGGGCCACUGCUGAAGAAACUAAUCAAAGGGGGCAAUGUUUUAUGUUUUGGAAUGUAAAGAAGACAGUUGGUGCACCUGUUCUUAUAGCACUUGUUGUUGGAAAGUCAGCUAAGGAUGGACAAACUUUUGGCAGCUCUGAUCAUGUUAACCAUGCUUUGCUUGUUCUUCGUAAGCUUUUUGGUGAAGCAGCUGUACCAGAUCCAGUUGCAUCUGUUGUGACAAAUUGGGGUAUGGAUCCAUACAGUAGGGGUGCUUACUCUUAUGUUGCUGUUGGAGCUUCCGGUGAGGACUAUGAUAUUUUGGGAAGACCAGUUGCAAACUGUUUAUUUUUUGCAGGUGAAGCAACCUGUAAAGAGCACCCUGAUACUGUUGGUGGUGCUAUGAUGAGUGGUCUCCGAGAAGCAGUACGUAUUAUGGACAUCUUAACCACUGGCAAAGAUUACCUAGCAGAGGUAGAAUUGAUGGAAGCUAUUCAAAGACAGUCUGACAGUGAAUGGAAUGAAGUAAAAGACUUAUCAAAGCAACUUGAUGCAUGCAAACUAGGUGCAAUAUGCAAAAGCUCUUCAGACGGCAAGCAUACAAUGUCCACGAAGGAUUCUGUAUUACAGGACUUAUUCUUUAGUGCAAAGACUACAUCUGGACGGCUUCAUUUGGCUAAAGAACUAUUGCGUCUUCCUGUUGCAUGUCUAAAAUCUUUCACUGGGACUAAAGAAGGACUUGACACACUGAACACUUGGAUCCUUGAUUCUUUGGGAAAAAAUUCAGCUCAACUCUUGCGACACUGUGUUCGCUUGCUUGUACUUGUAUCAACUGAUUUAGUUGCUGUUCGUUUAUCAGGAAUAGGAAGAACCAUUAAGGAGAAGGUUUGUGUGCAUACUAGUCGUGAUAUUCGUUCUGUUGCAAGCCAACUUGUCAGGAUGUGGAUAGAAGUUUUCCGCAAGGAAAAGGCUAUUAAUGGCCUGAAGUUACUAAGGCAAGCAGCAGGAUCGGAACUCUCCAAAGUAAGAUCUAAGGAUGGAAAGCCUCAUCUGCGUGCAACUACUGAGACAUCAGAAAGUAGAUGCAAUAUGCAAGUUCGUUCAUCUUCUGAAAGUCAUUCACCAUCUAAAGCAAACAAUAGAAAGGCUGACAUUGCUGCUACAAAGUUAGAACCAUCAUUGUGCAUAAAAUCUGAUGUCAAAUUAUUGCAUUCUGAGAGAAUGGUGCCUGCAAAGAAUAGUUUAGCUGUUUCUGAAGAAAUUGCAACUUUUGCUGCCAUAGAAUCUGCACGAGCUGCUGCUCUGAAAGCUGCAAAGGCAUAUGCCUCUUCAGAAGCAGAGGUCACCACACUGCGUGAGCUUCCAAAGAUACCAUCUUUCCAUAAAUUUGCAAGGCGUGAACACUCUGUGCAAAUUGAUGAAUUGGAUGUUAGAAGGAGGCAGUCUGAUGGCAAUUUUAUAAGGCAAGAUUGUGCGUCAGAAAUAGAUUCAAGAAACUGCAGAGUUAGGGAUUGGUCUGUUGAUUUUAAUGGUGCAUGUGGUAAUAUGGAUAACUCAAAAUUGUCUGGUGAUAACUACACUCAUUCUAGCUAUUCAAAUGAAGUAGCAUAUGCAUCAAAUGCAAGGGAACAUUCUGGAGAAAGUGUAGCAAUAGAUAGCAGAAUGACUAGAGCAUGGGUUGAUACGGAUACGGCUGGUAGUGGAGGCGUCAAGGAUUCUGUUGCCAUAGAGAGAUGGCAGUCACAGGCAAUGGAUGCAGAUGUGGAUUUUUACAACAGUAUUCAUAUAAGAGAUGAGGAAGAGUUCGACAAGGUAGUGUUACCAGAUGUAAGAAACCAGUGUCACAGUGGGGAUGGUGCUGCCCUAGAAUAUGAAGAAAACAAAUCAUUGUUUGAAAAAAAAGUAAGAGGAGCCCACUAUAUUAAACAGGGGGUUGUGGACUUUGUGGCUUCCUUAUUGAUGCCUUUAUACAGAACUAGGAAGAUUGACAGAGAAGGAUACAAAGUCAUAAUGAAGAAAGCUGCAACCAAGGUAAUGGAACAAUGUACAGAGAGAGAAAAAACUAUGGCUAUGUAUGAUUUUCUUGAUUUUAGACGGAAGAACAAGAUUAGAUCUUUUGUGGACAAAUUGAUUGAAAGACACUUGACUAUGAAUCAUAGUGGAAAGUUGUGAUGUGGCCAGGGAAUGCCUCAGAAUUUGGACAUACUCAAAGUGCCGUUGUGUAAUUGAUGCAAGUCAUACAUGAUUUAUGGAUUUGAUUGCAGUGUGGAUAUAAUCAGAAAUGAAGACAACAUCAGUUUGGGUCAGCUAUGUUGAAUGCUUGUGAUGUUCAAUAUCAAGCUAAAUGAAGAUAUCUUGACUGGUUUUAUGGGCCACCUGCUGCCAUAUGAAUGCACCUUCAAGACUUGUCCUUGAGGACUCUAAUGCAAUUUCUUCCUUCAAGUUUGGCUUCUCAGAAUGAAAUGCGAAGGUGAUAGAUAGGUCAUAGUGUUUGAGAGCAUGGAUAAUCAUGGUAUUUUGUGCAGUAUGUUAGGAAACUGAGUUCUGACAAAUAUUUUGUAGUAUUAUGUCUACAUGAUGUAGUUUUUACUGCUAUCGUCCCAUUCAACAAAUUACAGUCUCAAGUCACAGAGUUUCCUUAUUCUUUUGAUCAAGGAUUCAUAGAUGAGUGCAGACUUUUACUGUUUUUUCUUGCUGUACAGUUAUGAAUUCAUAUUGCUGAUACCCUUUGUAACCUUUCACCAAGAAAAUUAACACUUUAUUUUGAUGACA